AUGUCAGCCAAUUCGACCCCGGCCCCCAGUUAUGACUCGAUCCCGCUUGACUGUGGGGACUUCGUGGACUCUGAUCAUGAAUGCGAUAUUGAAGAUGAGUCGGAGGACACACUGCAAUAUCUCAACGGCUAUUUCUACCCGGUACGCAUCGGGGACGUUUUGAAUAGGCGGUACCAAGUCGUCCAUAAGCUUGGGCGAGGUGGUUUCUCCACUGUUUGGCUGGCUCAUGACCGCAAGACGGGGAAUGAUGUGGCUCUAAAGAUUCUCAGCUCAGCUGGGUUUGCUGCCGAGGAGUGCAAGACGCAUCUGAGAGUUGCACAAAGAGUACGGGAUCGUACUCGAAUCGUCUUAUGCCAGGACCAUUUUGUUCUCAGCAGAACAGACAGCAGUUCCACGCACAAACAUGUUGUCCUAGUGCUCCCACUACGGGGCCCAAGCCUCUCGAACCUUUUGGAGGACAUCAAGAGACCUAUGACUUAUUGCAUGUCAGCCGCAAAGCAACUUCUGCAAGCUGUUCUCAGUAUCCAUAGCGCUGGUCUAGUGCAUAGAGCGUAG